AUGAACAUUUCAGCAUCAGUUGCUGCUCAUAGAAGAAAAAUGCGGAAGACAAUUCUUGAUAAUAGGCGAACAAAGUCAAAUAAAAGAAGAAGUGCACCAAGUGGUAGAGGAUCCUCUAAAAUUGUUAACAAAUCUCAGUUAACCGACGAAGAAAAUUAUGAUCCUAAUCUUCCUUCGUCAUCUAAUAGUUUUCAGACAUUGCGUAACUUUACAUCUUUAACAACGUCAACGCCCUUAAGUGGCAUAACAACUGGUGCUAUUACUUUUAAUAACCAAUCAACCCAUACGCCUAGCAGUUCUCAGUUUUCUAUUGUUUCAAACAUUGUAACACAAAACAGUAACAACAUUCUUCGAUCUUCUUCUACGUUGACUAAGCUUAAAUCUGGUAAACAAAAGGUUUUACCUAAGAAACGUAUUAUCGAACCUAUUCCAAUGGUAGAUCUUACUUCUGAUGACGACAAUGAAAAUUUACAUUCCAUUGAAGACCCUUAUAAAGGUGUAUCCACAGAUUAUUUGGAUCACGGUAAUCAAAUCCUUAGAUGCGAGAUGUGUCAUUCAUUAUUAUGGUCUGACGAAGGUGGUAAAGGUCGAAUUACAUUGGGUAAGUUAACUUAUAGUUUAUGUUGUGGUUAUGGCAAAGUGGAGCUUCCAGAUUUGAAAGAACCUACUUCAGUAUACAAGGAUCUAUUUGGAAAUUCUAAUGAAAAAAGUAAGUACUUUUUAAAGAAUAUCCGACGAUACAAUUCUAUGUUCUCCUUUACAUCAAUGGGUGGAAAGGUAGAUUCGAGUAUCAACAGUGGUAAGGCACCAUAUGUAUUUCGUAUUAGUGGACAGAAUUUCCACACAUUAGGUGGUUUGGUACCUGCACCCGGUAAAGAUCCAAAGUUCUCCCAGCUUUAUAUUUACGAUACUGAUAAUGAAGUUUCAAAUCGGAAAAGGUUGUUCAGUGAAUCUACAAAUAAGUCGGAUUCUCAUUUAAAGCAAUUAGAUAUUCAGCUCAUAAAGUUUUUAAAAGACUUCAUGGAUCAUAAUAAUGAGUUGGUUAAAAGUUAUAGAAUUGCAAGAAACCACUUCAAUGAGAAUCCUAAUGAAAAUUUCAAGCUUCGUCUCAUUUACAAAAGAGAUCUUGACGGUCGUACUUACAACUUGCCCUCAACUUCAGAAGUUGCUGCAUUGAUAGUUGGUGAUCUACAUAAAAUAAUUGAUCAUCGUGAUAUUGUUGUUGAGUCUCAUACUGAAGGUCUUCAACGAAUCAGUGAACUUCAUCCAUCGUAUCUAGCACUUCAGUAUCCAAUCCUUUUUCCUAAUGGUGAUGAUGGAUAUAGAAUAGACAUUCCUCAUAGGGAUGGUAUACGUACGUUAAAGAAAAUUCGACCCAAGUGUACAAUGAGAGAAUUCUUUGCUUAUAGAAUUCAAGAUCGAUCAUCUGCCUUUUCUAUAAUUUUAAAAGCUCGGAGAUUGUUUCAACAAUUUUUGGUAGAUGCAUAUACCAUGAUUGAGAGUGAAAGGCUUAAUUAUAUUCGUUUUCAACAGAAACAUCUAAGGUCUGAAACAUAUUCAAAUCUUCAAAACCUGAAAAACGAAGGAAAAGAUGAUCUAUCAAAUACUGGUAUACGUGUUUUAUUACCAUCUUCUUUUACCGGCGGAUCACGCUAUAUGCAACAAAACUAUUUAGAUGCUAUGGCUAUAUGUAAAUGGUUUGGAUAUCCCGAUUUUUUUAUUACCGUUACAUGUAAUCCGAAGUGGCCAGAGAUUAAACGAUACUUGAGAAAUACUUCAAUUAAGCCUGAAGACAGGCCAGACAUUUUGUGUAGAUUGUUUAAAAUAAAGCUCGAUUCACUUACAAAGGAUCUAAAGGACAAAAAAGUAUUUGGAGAAUUAAGUGCAGCCGUUUAUACUGUGGAGUUUCAAAAACGUGGAUUGCCUCAUGCUCACAUUUGCAUUUUUUUGAAACCGGAAUCCAAAAUUUUGUCCGUUGAUCAUCUUGACAAGUUCAUUUCUGCUGAGAUACCUGAUAAGAGAGAAGAUCCAAGCCUAUAUGCACUUGUGACUGAUUUCAUGAUUCAUGGUCCAUGUGGAAAUGCAAAUCCGAGUUGUCCUUGUAUGGUUGAUAGUAGAUGUUCAAAAAACUAUCCCAAAAAAUUCAACGCUGAGACCACCACUGAUGCUGACGGUUUCCCUGUAUAUAGAAGAAGAGACAAUGGAAACACUGUUACAAAGUCCAACUACAUUAAUAAAGGCGCAGAUAGAGCUUCCCUUGUAGUGUCAAACCGAGACGGUACAGAAAAUGAACAAACAACAAAGGAUGAGAUCAAAGCGUAUUAUGAUUGUAGGUACGUUUCGGCCUGUGAAGCUUCUUGGAGGAUAUUUGCAAAUGAGGUUCACUUUAGGUUUCCUCCGGUUAUGAGACUUCCUUUUCAUCUUGAAGGUCAACAAAAUGUUGUAUUUGGUGCCGAGGACGAUAUACAAGAAGUUUUGGAUAAGCCAUCAGUUUCUUCUUCGAUUUUUCUAAAGUGGUUUGAGAUGAACAGAAACGAUGAAAAUGCACGUAAACUUACCUAUGUUGAGUUUCCUACUAAAUUCUGUUGGAAGUUAACAGAUAGAGUAUGGAAACCACGUAAAAGAAAGCUGUUACAGAUCGGACGGAUUCAUUCUGUUUCCCCUGCUGUGGGUGAACCGUAUUUUCUUAGAAUUCUCCUAAACAAAGUCAAAGGACCCAAAUCGUUUGAAGAUAUUAGAACUGUUGAUGGUCAGGUGUUUCCAACUUUCAGGGACGCGUGUUAUGCUAUGGGUUUGUUAGAUGAUGACAUGGAGUACAUUGAAGCAAUUAAGGAAGCAAAUUUUGCGGGUGAUGGUCGUUAUACCCGUGCACUUUUUGUUACUUUGUUGUUGUCAAAUACAUUGUCAAGACCUGAAUAUGUAUUUGAACAAACAUGGAAAUUAUUGGGCGAUGACAUAUUAUACAAUAGAAGAAGAUCAACAAAAAACAAAGAACUUGUAAUGUCUGAUGAGAGGUUGAAGAAUCAGACAUUGGUUGAAAUUGAAAAGUACCUGAUUCGAAAUGGUUCCUCUUUGACACGAUGGCCGACAAUUCCUUAUCCUGAUUACGAUUCCUUUGCUGUUGGAAACAAUCGUUUGGUUGACGAAGAAUUAUCUUUUGAUAUUCCGCAGCUUCAGAGUGAGCUACAUACUCUUAUAUCUUCAUUGACUGACGAACAAAUGUGCAUUUAUACUCAAAUUAUGAAAGCAGUUGAAGAUGGAAAAGGAGGUGUAUUUUUUGUAUAUGGAUAUGGUGGAACAGGUAAGACAUUUCUCUGGAAAACUUUAGCUUUAUCCGUUAGGUCUAGAGAACAGAUCGUUCUAAAUGUUGCUUCGAGUGGUAUUGCUUCUUUGCUAAUGUCAAGAGGUAGAACGGCACAUUCUCGAUUUCACAUUCCCAUAAAUUUAGACGAGAGUUCGAUGUGUCACAUAAGGGCUGAUGGUGAUGUAGCCUACUUGCUUAAGCAUACUAGGCUAAUUAUAUGGGAUGAAGCACCCAUGGUACAUAGGCAUGCGUUCGAAGCUUUAGACCGAACCUUUAAAGAUGUUUUGGUUGACAAAAACAAUUCUCAGUCGGAUGUUUUAUUUGGAGGUAAAGUAAUUGUGUUUGGUGGUGAUUUUAGGCAAAUUCUUCCUGUUAUUCCAAACGGAAGUAGGCAAGAAAUUGUUAAUGCUUCCUUGAGUUCAUCUUACAUAUGGUCACAUUGUAAAUUACUCACCUUAACAAAAAACAUGAGGUUGACUAUCGGUGCUUCACAAUCCACAAUGGUGGAGACUGAGAAUUUUGCCAAAUGGCUUCUUGAUAUUGGGGAAGGUAAAGUUGGAGGUGACAACGAUGGCGUUGCAAUUGUAGAAAUACCUUCUGAAUUACUAAUUACAGAUUCUUCCGAUCCCAUUGAAAGUUUAAUUCGAUUUGUGUAUCCGUCGGUUUUAGAAAGAUAUAUGGAUCUAGAUUAUUUUUCUGAAAGAGCCAUUCUGACUCCGAAAAAUGAGGUCGUUCAUGAAAUAAAUGAUCGAUUGUUAGAGUUGUUUCCUGGUGAACCAGUAGAGUACCUAAGUUCUGAUACUAUAUGUGAAACUGAAAAAGGUAUUGAUUCCUUCCAACAAGAGUUGUAUUCACCUGAUGUUUUGAAUGGUUUAAAGAUAUCUGGUUUGCCAAAUCAUCGUCUGGUUCUAAAAGUUGGCGUUCCUAUUAUGCUUCUUAGGAACAUUGACCAACAGAAUGGAUUAUGUAAUGGUACAAGGUUAAAAGUUACAUAUCUUGGAAAGAGGGUUAUGGAAGGUGAAAUUAUAUCAGGUGCUAAUGUUGGAACUAGAACGUUCAUUCCAAGAAUUAGCAUGAUUCCAUCCGACAAAAAAAUACCUUUUGCUUUUCAAAGACGACAAUUUCCUGUUGCUGUGUGUUUUGCGAUGACAAUCAACAAGAGUCAAGGCCAGUCUUUGUCUAAGGUUGGUCUUUAUUUAAAAGAACCAGUUUUCACACAUGGCCAGUUAUAUGUGGCAUUAUCUAGAGUUAAAUCAAGACAAGGGGUGAAGAUAUUAAUUCUAGAUAAGGAUGGGAAACCUACUAAUACAACAACCAAUGUUGUUUAUAAAGAAGUGUUCACUCACCUUUGA